AUGCCUCACAAAGCGAUCUGGGUGAAUGGUAAUGCGGCGCAGGAGAUCAAGACGGUCCCGGGUAGCUACCGUGCCUCUAAAGGCGAGCUGUUGUUAAGGAUGAUACGUGUUGCUGUGAACGCGGGGGAUUACAAACAUCCAGAGUUCUUCGCCGCUGUCAAUACUGCAGAAGGAUUCGAUGCUGUCGGAAGAGUAGUCGACAUCGGGCCUGAAAUUCCUGGUUUCAAGAUUGGAGACAAGGUGGUGACAUUAACUAGAGGCAUUGGACCCCCCGAAUAUGGGGCUUCUCGGGAGUUCUUAGCUCUAGCAGCCACAUCUUGGACCUUCGACGAAAAGCCCCUGACUGACGAGCAGGCUGCUACAAGUCCCCUGACUGUCGGCAUCCAGGCGAUCCAAUUUACGAAAUUCCGUGGCCGUAGCCCAAUAAUAGUCACUGCAUCCUCGAAGCAACAUGACUAUCUGCUGUCUUCGGGCGCAAACUUUGCAUUUGAUUAUAAGGACGGGAGUGUCACAAGCAAGACCAAAGGGGUUAUCCCUUCACUUAAACGGCUCAUGCAUGCCUUGGAUUGCGUGGGUACAGAUAUUAAGAUCCUAGAAGAGCUGAUCGAGGAAGGGGGAACAAUAUCACUCGCGCUGCCGCCAACGAGACCGAGUCCGCGGCACCACGUCGGGAUGGCUGUCGCUGGCACUAUAUACGACUUGGAAACUUUUACCGCCCCUGAAUUCAAGUUCCAUGGUGGAAAGGAGCCCGGGAUAGCGAGGGGGCAACGAGACUGA